AUGCAAGUUCAUUCAGCGUCUGCUGUUUUACUUGCGCUAGUGUUGUGGGCAAACCCCGCAACAGCAACUUUUGGAGCUUUGUUCGAGUAUACCGAUGGUGGUAAAGAUACUUCCGCUGGUCAUCUCUGUCCUGUGUCAAAUGUGGUGCAGGCAGGUGCCAACCAAAAAAGACUGACGGACGAAUCACUCCAUGAGAUCCUCAAAAGAGGUGGUAAUGUGUACCCUAAGGCUGCUCUUGCAGUCACUCAGGUCACCAAGCAAAAGGGCGGCCAAUACGGGGUUUUGUGUAACUUUAAGGUGCUGGAGGCUGAGAAGGUCAGCUCCCUCUUGCAAACGUCUCUGAUCAACGCGCUUAAGAUUACCGGCACUGGUACGGGAAAGGACUACAGUUUGAUUGAAGGUGAAAAGUCCUUGGUCUCUAACUGGUGUGAGUGGAGCUCCACUAUUGUUGUUGUACCUGAGAAGAAACAUGGCAAAUGCUGCUUGCCACUUAGUAUGCAAAUCGAGAUUGACAUAGAGAUUGACAUCAAGGCUUCUGUGACUUAUGAAGCAUGGCUGUCCGUGUACCCAUCCAAAUUUGCUUGGGGCUGCUCGUCGGGUUCUGGUUACAAGCCAGUAGGCAACUGGGCUGAUUACUUCAAUUCCAAGUUACAGCCAGCGCCGCUGGGUGCUCCAGGUGUACACGUCAACCUGGUUCAUAAGAUCAAGAAAUACGCCGAAUUCAAGAAGUCGCUAGAGAUUUUCGAAAAGAUUUGGUGCGAUAAGCCUCAAUUUGACCAAUUUCUGUUGGGAUUGCCGAUUGUCCUACAGAGACAUCGAGUACAGUUCCACCUACUGGUCCAUCCACAGGUCCCUCUACUGAGUCCUUCGACUGGUCCUUCAACUGGCCCAUCUACCGGACCUUCAACU